GUUAGGUCCAAAAUGUACCCCCACAUGAACAAUACCAAGACAAGAGUAUCUACCCACCGCUUUGGCUCUCUUUCACACAGUUAGAAUUGUUCUUUCUAGUGAAGUGGAAGCCAAGAAACGAAGCUUCCAAUCUUCAUACCAUAUAUUAUGCCAAUUGUCUCCUUUCUCUAUUUUCUAUUCCUUACUAACUUCUACUUAUAAGUUAAUAUAACCACUCACCAAUCUCAUUCUUCUCUAUCUUGGAGACUAGUGAAAGCAACAUAAAUAAAGAUCAUGAAUAGGAAAGAUGGUGUGAUGCUGCUCACCAGAAACACAGAGAUAGACACAAGGGCACCAUUCAGGUCUGUCAAAGAGGCUGUUACAUUAUUUGGUGAUAAAGUUUUAGCCGGAGAGCUCUAUGCAACUGCAACCAAACUCAAACACCAGAUACACGGUGGAGUAAAUGAAAAUGGAAUUGAUCAAUACUCGAGGAUUGAAAACGUUGCGGCUGAGUUGGAAGAGACACGAGAGAAUUUAGAGAAAGCUAAAGAAGAAAGCAUGGUAAUGGCACAUUGCAUGUCUUCUCUCCAAGAAGAACUCGAACGCACGAAGCAAGAGCUCGAACAAUUGAAGCAACGGGAAACAGAAAAACAUCAAGUGGAAACAUCAGAAAUCGAGGAUGUGAAGUUUGUCGAGAAUUUAACCACAUUUGAAGUGAAAAGUUCAAGAUUCGACGAAGAAUUGAUGAUGGAGUUUCAAAAGAAAAGGUACGUGACAUUCGCGAACCCACCGUCUGUUUCUCAUGUCAUGUUACCACAAAGUGAGGGUGAUGAGAAGUUGGAAAGGCACCCUUCUCUUAGGAAGAAGAAGAAGAAGUCAUUGCUUCCACUUAUUGGAAGUAUCUUUUCAAGGAAAAGGGGAACUAGCCAAGAAGUUCCAUGAUGAAUGAUGAGUUGAUUUGUGAAUUUUAGGGAGAAUGCAUUACAUAUAUUACCGGGAAUAAUAAUUGACAACAAGGUUUUGUUUUCAAGUUUUUUUUGUUUUUAAUUUUUUUUUUGAACAAAAUUUUAUUUUGGUGUCUUAUAUAUGUAUCAAACAAAGAGUGGCUAAUAACUAAUAUCCUGUAAAAUUUAGUUGAACUGUAUGAGAUGUUGAUUAGUAGAAUAGCCGAAUGUAUAUGGAUACUUGCAUGUUGUGGAUUUCAUGUUACAACAGUUACAAUUCCACUUCAAUAGUUGAGAUCAAAACUCAGGCUUUUGAGUUGGAAAAAUUGGCCUUAUAUGAUGAAUAUAGUUAUAAGUUAUGCAAUGGACUAAAUUAACUAUA